CACCGGCCCCGUGCCCGUGCGGGCGGGAGGCGGGGCCGUGCUGCCGGAAGGGCCGCGCGGACGGCGGCGGUGAGGGACCGCCGGCUCUUCCGCCGCGACGUAAUGGCGGGGCGGCGGUAGGGGACGGGCUGGCCGGCGGCGGGUGUGAAUCACUAAAUUGAAUAGCAAUAACCAUGGGAGAUGCUGCAAAACCCCCUUUUGCCAAACAAAAUAAGGAACCAGAAAUGUAUGAAGAAGAAUUAAAAGGAAGUCCAUUACAGAAAGACUGCCAAACCAUGGAUGAAUAUGGGAAUGGCCAUAGCAAUAACAUGGAUAUCAGCAUGCAAAAGAAGAGGGGAAUGCCAGGUCAUUAUGGAAAUAGUCCUAGGCGAGGGCCACGUAAUGUUUUGAGUAGCCCACAUUCACUUAAAAACAUAACUCACAGUCAAGGAUUGAAGUUCAGUGAUAACCAAAAAGACCAAAUAAAGAAGUGGAUAUCUGAUGACCACCGUGGUACUUCUGACAGCUGGAGAGAGUACAGAUCUGUAGCAUGGAUCCCCAUGCAUAGCAGGACAAGAAAGGACUCUCUUCAUGAGGUUGAAGGUGCAGGAAACAGAAACGUAAGACGACAACUUAAGAAAGACCUAACAAAUGAAGACGUUCCAGAGAUGCAGAAAGGAAACCCUGAAAUGAAGAAACUCAAGAAAACAAGGAGAUCAAGAAGAACUAGAAAAGAUGAGUAUGAUCAUGAUGAUGAAGUGGAUGGCCCAGUUAUAGAUGAAUCUCAGCUGUCAGCAAAAGAGCUUCUAGGGUUGCAACAAGCUGAAGAACGUUUGAAGCGAGACUGCAUUUACAGACUGAAGAAGCAACCUCGAAACUAUCCAUCAGCAAAAUAUGCCUGCAAAUUGUGUGAUGUUUUGAUUGAGUCAGUGGCUUUUGCUCAUAAGCAUAUUAAGGAGAAGAGACACAAGAAAAGCAUAAAGGAAAAGCAAGAGGAACAGAUGCUGAGCACCCUGCCUCCUCCAACAGCUUCACAGAUUAAAGCUAUUGGUGUUGCCAUUGAAAAUGUAGUACAGGAGUUUGGCUUAAGUAAUGAAGAUUUAGAAGAAAGGCUCAACAUUAAAACAGUGAUGGAAGGUGUGCUGCAUCAAAAAUUGCCAGAGUGCUCAUUAAGAUUGUACGGCUCCUCCUGUAGCGGAUUUGGUUUCAAAACUUCAGACAUAAACAUAGAUAUCCAGUUUCCUGCCAGUAUGAGUCAACCAGAUGUUCUCUUACUUGUUCAAGAAAGUCUGCAGAACAGUGAAUCGUUUAUUGAAGUUGAUGCAGAUUUCCAUACUAGAAUACCAGUGGUGGUGUGCAGAGAAAAGCAAAGUGGCCUUAUUUGUAAAGUAAGUGCAGGGAAUGAGAAUGCUUAUCUGACAACAAACCAUUUGGCUACACUUGGAAAACUAGAACCCACUGUUGUAUCUUUAGUGAUUGCCUUCAGGUACUGGGCAAAGUUGUGCUGUGUUGAUCGUCCCGAAGAAGGAGGUUUGUCACCUUACGUGUUUGCAUUAAUGGUCAUCUUCUUCCUGCAACAGAGGAAAGAGCCUUUUCUACCUGUCUACUUGGGAUCAUGGAUUGAAGGAUUCUCAUUAAACAAAUUAACUAAUUUUCAUAUUAAAGAAGUGGAGAACGAUGCUGUGGUUUGGGAGCAUAACCCCCCUGAUGACGCUGAUGUGCCACAAGAAACUUCCCCUAAAAGGGACAAGGUUCCCUUAGUAUUUGAUUCGGGACAGCAGUGUUCAGCACCUGCUGGGCAGCUCUGGGUAGAACUGCUUCGUUUCUAUGCCUUGGAGUUCAAUAUGGCUGAUUUGGUUAUUAGCAUACGACUCAAAGAAACAGUGUCUCGUGAAUUAAAGGACUGGCCUAAAAAGCGCAUUGCUGUGGAAGACCCAUAUUCAGUCAAGAGGAAUGUAGCAAGAACUUUGAACAGCCAGCUAAUGUAUGAGUAUAUUCUUCACUGCCUGAGAGCAACUUACAAGUAUUUUGCCUUGCCUCACAAGAAAGAUGUAAAAUUGAGCAAAAAGUCCUCUCCAAAUGCCAAUGAGGAGAAAUCCCAAAAUCUGGACCAUGGAAAUGAUGCCAUAAAGCAUGAAAAUUCUGACUUGCAAACCUUGGAUGAUAGAAUGAACACAGCAGUAGUGGAAGAUUAUGUAAUUGAAACCACAGAUAUUCCCCAGGCGCAUAGAACUGAUUCUUCAAAGGUGUGUGAUGGCUCAGAAAGCUUGACAGAAGAAGAAUUAGCUGAUGAUAUAAGUCAUUUGGGAAUUGCCCAUGAAGAUUCAGACUGCAUAGUUGAGGAAGUUAUUUCUGGAGAUAAUGAGGGGUUUAAGCCAAGUUGUGAGGAGACAGAGAGUGGAAAUGAGGAAGAGGAGGAGGAAGAAGAACAAGGAAGAAGAUGGAAUAUCUUGACUACUGAGCAGGGAAUAGAUGAAGACAGCGAUAGUGGAGAUAUUCCUGUUACAGUGAUUGAGCAUGAUAUAGAGACAUGCUGUAAUUCAGACUUGGAAGGUUUUCAAAACACAGCACUUACAGAGAGUGAUGAGUUCGGCUUAGAGUGCAGUGGUAUAAUUGAUGACAAGAUUGAUGUUGAUGAGGAGAGCACUGAAGGUACUGAUGAACUGGAUGAAUCCCCACAAAAAUUCAUGUGUUCAACACAAAGUCAAUUAUCUGAGAUGAUUAACACUGAUGAUGAGGAGGAAGAGGAGGAAGAAUCAAGUCUUCUAAGCCAAGCAGUGUGUGGUGGCAUCAUGAGAGCUGAAGGUGAACUAGAUAACACAUUUCCUGGAUCUGGAGAUGAGGAUGCACUGUCAGAGGAAGAUGAUGAUUUGUCCAUCACCAAUAAAUAUGAAGACAAACAUUUCAAAGAAAAUGUGGAUGGAUCUCUGAGAAUCAAUUUGAGUCAAGAGAAUCUUACUGAAAAGGGAAGUCUUUUUGAAGAGAACACAGGAAUAGAACAGUGUUUAGAAUCCGAACUCUUUUAUAAAUUUAGUAAAACAGCUUUUACAAAGGGCAAGUCUCCUACAGUAGUGUGUAGCUUGUGCAAACGGGAAGGUCACUUAAAGAGGGAUUGUCCAGAAGACUUCAAGAAAAUUGAGCUAGACCCACUGCCACCGCUGACACCCAAAUUUUCAAUUAUUCUAGAUCAAGUUUGUGUCCAAUGUUAUCAGGAUUUUGCACCAAAUACUGUAGAGGAUCAGGCUCGGGAAUAUAUACGACAAAACUUGGAAAACUUCAUUAGAAUGGAAUUCCCAGGAACAAAGCUGAAUUUGUUUGGUUCCUCAAAAAAUGGCUUUGGUUUCAAACAAAGUGACCUUGAUAUCUGUAUGACAAUGGAUGGGCUGGAAACAGCUGAGGGACUUGAUUGCAUCAGAAUCAUUGAAGAUUUAGCAAAAGUUCUCAAGAAACAGUCAGGUCUCAGAAAUGUCUUGCCAAUAACAACAGCUAAAGUCCCAAUUGUCAAAUUUUUCCAUGUCAGAAGUGGUCUUGAAGUAGACAUCAGUUUAUAUAACACUCUGGCCUUGCAUAAUACAAGACUCCUGUCAUCAUAUUCAGCCAUUGAUCCUAGAGUAAAAUUUUUGUGUUACACAAUGAAAGUCUUCACAAAGAUGUGUGACAUAGGAGAUGCAUCUCGAGGUAGCCUUUCUUCUUACGCAUAUACUCUUAUGGUGCUUUAUUUUCUUCAACAGAGAAAUCCACCAGUCAUCCCUGUUCUUCAAGAGAUCUACGAAGAACCAAAAAAGCCUGAAAUUUUAGUUGAUGGUUGGAACGUUUAUUUCUUUGAUAAGAUAGAAGAGUUGCCAGAUGUUUGGCCUGACUUUGGCAAAAACACUGAAUCUGUUGGGCAGCUUUGGCUGGGACUUCUCCGUUUUUACACAGAAGAAUUUGAUUUUAAAGAGCAUGUCAUCUGCAUUAGGAGAAAGAAUCUGCUUACAACUUUCAAGAAGCAGUGGACCUCCAAAUACAUUGUAAUUGAAGACCCCUUUGAUUUGAACCACAACCUUGGAGCUGGAUUAUCAAGAAAAAUGACAAAUUUUAUAAUGAAGGCUUUUAUCAAUGGCAGAAGGGUAUUUGGUACUCCUGUAAAAAUAUUUCCUAAAGAAUAUCCAUCAAAAAUGGAGUACUUCUUUGAUCCAGAAGUACUCACAGAAGGAGAAUUGGCACCAAAUGACAGAUGCUGCAGAAUUUGUGGUAAAAUUGGCCACUUCAUGAAAGAUUGUCCCUUGAGAAGAAAAGUAAGGCGGCGACGUGAUUAUGAAGAUAGCAAAAACCAGAGGUACCCAGAAAACAAAGAGAAAAAAAGCAAAGAGGACAAAGAAACCCAGAAUAAAACAACAGAAAAAGAGAGCUCAGUGAAAGAGGGAAAGUUGCAUCCAUUUACACCUCCGAAGAGCAAACCAACAAGGGGAAUAGUGGAAACUGGAAGAGAAAAGAGUCCCAGGCAAUCAGCAGAGAAGUGGAAGCGUCUGGAAGACAGAGAGUUAAGAGAAAAACGUUGUUUCAUCUGUGGAAGAGAAGGUCAUAUCAAAAAGGAGUGCCCACAGUAUAAAGCACCUACAGGAGGAUCAAAGCUGGAAGUGUUGUGUGGAUCCCCUUCUUUACCAACUGUUGCCAAACAUGGUGGUCGAUUAAAUCAGGGAAUGCUUAUACAUGAAGAAAAAAAGAAACAAAAAGGAAAAGUAUUUUUGAGUCCCCAGUCAGGGACGACAUGUGGAACACUUUCUUGUGAGGCUUCCUCAGAGUAAUCGUCUAGAAUUCCAUAUGAUCAGCUAACUUAGGAGAGACUAUGAAAGCACAUCCUUUGUCUGAGCUGCCAAAAUGCAAGAAAGUUAAAAUUACACUUACAAGUAGCAGUCAGAUGAUGACAUAAAGGCCUUUAUGUACUCUCUCUGGAUCAGAGAUGUUUUGUGCAUUGUGUUAGAUGCAUGGUUGCCGCUGCAGCUUCCUUACAGUAAUUUCACACACUUAACGUAUUAACUGGUACAAUGAAGAUUUUAAAAGCAACUGCUUUUUUUUUUUUUUUAAUUUGAGUUUUGAAUGCAACUGCAAACCAUUUAGCAGCUUGUUUGUUUUUUUUUUUCCAGGAAAUAUAUAUAAGUCUCUUCUGGGGCACCUGAAGGGGGAUUUGAGUAGUAUUCACAAACUUCUGAAGACUAAACUGCUAUUAAGUACCUCAUUAGAGUCUCAGUUUUUUGUGGGGUGGGGAUAGUACUUCCUGUUUGCAUUGCAAGACUCUUUCAAAUCUAAGUUUGGGGAUUUAAACCACAAAGCAGUUUGUCAUUAGGUGUUUAGUUGGAAAAAAAAAAAUAGUCUUACUUGUUUCUAUUUUAGUAUUUCCUACUGUUCUCCAGCAGCUGAUGUUACAAAGUUGAUCUGUGUGAUUUCAUUGUAGUUUGACUUAACGGUAUUUUCCUCCUGUCUGGUUGUUUCAUUUGCUUUAUGUCUGUUUGUGUUUUUUUUUUAAUAUUAUUUGAAACCUUUAAACCUUUAAAGUGUGAUGCUUUUUUUUCCCCCCCAAUCUCAGGCAGCCUUUCCAAUAAAUAUAUGACUCAGGGAAAAGCCUCACAGAAGAGGACCCAACAAGAAUCAUGAGGGAUAUGAAGCACUGUUAAAUUGCAAUACAGGCCCUUCAUUCACUUAAAAACUUACUUUGGCUAAAGCAUCUGGAUUCACAGGACAGCAGCAUAAACAAUCUUCAACUUAAAAUACCCAUAUUUCUUUAAAUUUAAUACAAAUUGCUAGUAAAAGAAACUGGAUUUUAAUAUGGUCUCAUACCAUGGACCCCUGCUCUUAAAUAGGUUGUUUUUAAGCAUUUUAAUAGAAAGCCACCACAUUUUGUAUUUGUUCACUAGGUAAAUCAUAUAGAUAAGGGCAGGUACUAAAAAUGGACCAAGGUUUUGUCAUUCAGCCUGACCAUUUUAAAAUGCACUAAAAUUGUGUGCAAGCCAAAUAUGUAUUUUCUUCAAAAACUGAUUUUUGAAAGAGCAAAUAUUUAUAAAUGUUGUUUACUGAAUCCUUGUGUAAAAUUGUAUGAAAUGUUUGUAGACUGCUACAGCUGUGUUUGCAAACAGGUUUUUGUGGUGUUUUCUUUUCCCCCAUGUACAGAACUGAAAACAUGGACACUAGGAAACGUAUGUAAAAGUCUCUGCAAAUAAGCAGUGCCAUUAAGGUUUUUGUUUUGUUUUUUUUUCCCCUUCUGUGAUUCUAUGGGAAUUCAUUUGCUGCUGUGCUUGUGUACAAGAGGGGAAAAAGAAGAAAAAAAAAAAAAAAAAGGACUAUGAAACAGGUCAGUCCUGUUUGAUGCUGCUAAGAAUCUUUUUCAUGACCUUGGGGAUACAGACAUAACUGCUUUAUGUAACAGAGAAAUGAUAUAUGGCAACUGGGGAAAACACAUCCAUUUUCAUAAAAUGUGAAUGGAAUCCUUGGACCAGCCAAGAAUUUAAGUAGUAUUAUCAACUUGAGCUUUACUUGAAGUCCUUCCAGAGCUGGUAAUGUACUCUCUAUCUUGUUCAGGAAAGAAUUAGUUAUGUCGUAAAAUUGAAACCACUGUUAUUUAUGACUUUUAAAUAAAUAAAAAAAAAAGAAAAAGAAAUUCAGACUUAAGUUUCUAUAUUUCUUCUUAGGUUGUAGUUUUCAGUAUUCCUUUACUUAAAUGUAAGAUUAAUGAUUAACUUGUUAGAAUAAUCUGUUUUUUGAAAUGUCAUGUUUAAAUCUUUUUUCCGUACCUAUCUAUUUUUAAACUAAAGGUGAAAGCUAGAAUUUCUAAAGUGACUUCAAGAAGCUGAGAUCCUAUUUUGAUUUGCAUCCAUCUGUAACUGGCUAUUUAUAAACUUCUAGAUUGCAACUUUUCAAAAAAAGAAUAAUUUCCUUGACAUAUUUUCAAUCUUAGCCAGCAACAAACAGUAGGUUUUUUUUUCUGUAACUUCUGUCUUCAUAUAAAAUUAAGCCAUUUUUUCCUCUAAAAACAUGUUUUUUCUGUACUUUUUCAUUCAUACCCCAAAAAGUAGAAAGGCUGACAUGCCUUCUGUAUGGUUUUAGUAUUCUG